AUGGUGCAUGUCACCGCAGGGCAGCCAGCACGGGCCCCAGAGUUAUUAAGCAUUCAGUAUUGCAACACCGCGAACAGUUGCCAGCGGAAUAUAUAUAUUGAGGAUGGCAUGGUGACAUUUGUGACAGCAUAUCAUAAGGGGUUCCAUGCUAGUAAUGAUGUGAAGAUCAUCCAUCGAUAUGUGCCGCGGGAGGUCGGGGAGUUGGUGGUAUGGUAUAUCUGGCUGGUGAUGCCAUUUGUCGACCAGUUGGCUGCAUGGCAGGCCGCGCAGGUCGCGCAGGGGAGCCAGGCCGCGCAGGGAAGCCAGACCGCGCGGUGGAGCCACGCCGCACAGGGGAGCCAGGCCGCGCAGGGAAGCCAGACUGCACAGGGGAGCCAGGCCGCGCAGGGGAGCCAGGCCGCGCAGGCAUGGUUAUGGGGCCCCAACCCCAGUACUGGCCGUGAAUGGUCGUCCGAGCGGUUCCGGGAGGCGUUGAAAUGGGAAACCUGCACCCGGCUCGGCACCGCCAUCCAUAUCGCGGCAUACCGGGACAUCGCCAUUGGCAUCAGCCGCCGAUUUUUGCGGCCAUCCACUGCGUUCCCCCAUAAUAUCCAGGAGGCCGAGCCGGCCCCAGCAGCCAUGGAUGCCGAUGCGGAGGAGAGCAUGGAUAUUGAGCAGUGGAUGGGCCAUAUUGCUGAUUUACAGGCCGCCCAUUCAUCACACGUCGCUGGCAUGGUGUAUGGCCGGGGCAUCCAGGAACAGGCCGGCAGCACCACCCACCGGCGGGAGAUGUUCCGGUUAUCCAGCACGGAUUGGCACCUGUUUUUAGGGUUUGGGGACCCCCCGUCCACGUUAGGCAAACGCAAACGGGCCCUGUGGGAGGAUCAGGCCGAGGUCAGCCGCAUGGAACGCCGCCACCAGUUAGCCACCAUGGAUCUGGAGGCAGCCGCGCAGCGCAUGACCGGGCGGCCUGACAUGCAGUUCUGGGGGGUCCAGGACCCGGCCAUGCGGGCCAUCCAGCGGGGAGAGAGCCCCGUGGUCGCAGUGAUGCCCACCGGCGGGGGGAAGAGCAUGCUGUUCAUGGUGCCUGCGUUCACCGCCCCUGGGGGCACCACCAUUGUUGUGGUGCCGCUGGUCGCAUUACGAGCUGAUAUGACCCGGCGAUGCCAGGAGCUUGGUAUAUCAUGCGUGCCAUGGGAGAGCCAGCGGCCCCCUGAUGCUGCAUCCAUCGUGUUGGUGACGCCCGAAUCCGCGGUCAGCCCUGAUUUCCAGACGUUUUUGAACCGGCUGCGGUGGACCCGGCGGUUAGACCGGAUCGUGAUUGAUGAAUGCCAUGUGGUGUUGAACAACCAGCGCGAUUUCCGGCCCCAGAUGGCCCAGCUGGGCCGGUUAGUACAGGCCCGCACCCAGAUGGUAUGGUUAACCGCCACGUUGCCCCCGAGCAUGGAGGCGGAAUUAUGCUGGCGGAUGAAGCAUGACCGGGCCGCCAUGACCAUAUACUGGGCCCGGACCAGCCGUCCGAAUGUGGCAUACUGGGUGUGGCGGCCCCUGAUCCCCAGGGUCGGCUGGGGGCCGUAUCAGUGGAUUGAGAGUGAGGCCGUGGUGGCAUUCAUUCAGGACCGCAUCCAACGGGCCGCCGGGGGCAAGGUGAUCAUAUAUGCGAAUAUCAUCAGGCAGGUGACGGCCAUGGCGUGGGUGCUAGGGUGUGAGGCAUAUUACAGCGAGCAGUUGGACAAGGCCGGGGUAUUAGCGCGGUUCAUGGGGGCCAGCCCUGUGAUCGCCGCCACCAGCGCGUUAGGCAUGGGGGUGGACAUCCCCAAUAUCCGCAGCAUUAUCCAUAUCAGGACCCCGCGGACGUUACUGGAUUACGCGCAGGAGAGUGGCUGGGCUGGGUAG